AUGUAUGUAUGUAUGUAUGUAUACAAAAUACAAAACAAAAAGAUCUCCCGCUAAUAACAAAAACGCGCGCGUAACUACAACAACAAAGUAUACCAGCAACAAAAACAACAACAACAAAUUAAAUACAUAAAUCUUAGCAAAGAAUGAAACAAGUCUAAAGCAAAGAUUUUAACAAAUGUGCCUGUGUUAAAACCGAAAAAAAUAAUAAAGAAGAGAAGUAGAAGAAGAAGCAGUAGUGCAAAAGCAUAGAAAGAAGCAGAGCAAGAACUACGUAUCAAGAGAAGCGAAGCUGAGAGAAAGAAAGAAAUUGAAAAUAUUCAAAAUACACAAAUUCUAAUAAUAUUUUUGUGAGUGUCACGAGAAAAAUAAAAGAAAAAGAAAAAUAUAAAGAAAAAUACAACCAAACCUAGAGCAUCAAGCAUAGCAGGAGGCCCUGAUAGAUCUGAUAGAUCUUACUCCAUAGAGUUCGUCACGUCGCCAGGAAGGACGAGGCCGAGGACGAGGACGUGGACGAGGACGCAAGGGACGCGGGACCCUCAUUCUGUGUUGCGCCGCCAACUGUCCUCUGUACACCACUAAAAGUGGCACAAAUCGGGUUAGACGUCGCUCCCAGAGCAUUAAUGGCUCAGCCUAGGUAUGACGAUGGCCUGCAUGGCUACGGCAUGGACUCUGGCGCCGCAGCCGCGGCGAUGUAUGAUCCACAUGUCGGCCAUCGGCCGCCCGGACUGCAAGGCCUCCCCUCGCACCACUCACCGCACAUGACGCACGCCGCGGCAGCGGCCACAGUUGGGAUGCACGGCUACCAUUCGGGGGCCGGAGCGCAUGGUACACCUAGUCAUGUAUCACCGGUUGCUAAUCACCUAAUGGGCGCAAUACCCGAGGUACACAAACGUGAUAAGGAUGCGAUUUAUGAACAUCCGCUAUUCCCGCUCUUGGCGCUAAUAUUCGAGAAAUGCGAAUUGGCCACAUGUACGCCGAGGGAGCCUGGCGUGCAAGGUGGCGAUGUUUGUUCAUCGGAAUCGUUUAACGAGGAUAUUGCAAUGUUCAGUAAACAGAUAAGAUCACAGAAACCCUACUAUACCGCAGAUCCCGAAGUGGAUUCACUGAUGGUGCAAGCAAUACAAGUGCUUCGGUUUCACCUUUUAGAGUUAGAAAAAGUGCAUGAACUAUGCGAUAAUUUCUGUCAUCGAUAUAUCUCAUGUUUAAAGGGUAAAAUGCCAAUAGAUUUAGUGAUUGACGAACGGGACACCACCAAACCACCAGAAUUAGGUUCAGCAAAUGGUGAAGGAAGAAGUAAUGCCGAUUCAACAUCGCACACCGAUGGAGCUAGUACACCAGACGUUCCCCACACCCAAGACUUUGCGCCGCUGGAAGAAACCUAUGCCAGUUAUCGCAUCAAGCACGAAGCGGACUUUUAAUUCGCUCUGUGUGUGUGUGAGAGUUCGCGCGUGUGUGUGCGUGUGUGUGCUUGGGUGGGUGUCGCAGCAGAAAAGCAUAAAUUUAUCUACAAGCAAAGUUCUUUAAAAAUAAACUAUAAUAAAAUAUAACUUUAGCAUGUAGUUCUACGAAAGCCUAGGCUGCUUACAAGUUAAAAACAAAAAACAAAAACAAAAAAAAAACAAAAAAUUAACGCUUUAAGAAAAGUGUAUUCUCUUUUUGGUUGGCUUUUCAAUAUUAUUUACUUCAGCAACGUGUAUACGAUUUUUCAAUACGUCCUUUUUCAACGUGUUUUACAACACUAAAAGACCUUGCCAAAAAAAAGAACAAAUAUAAA